AUGAUUGAGUCUCCUAGAUAUAUCCAUGAAACGUGGAAUGGCUAUAAGACUGAUCAAAGGGGUAGUAUGUGGAUCGCCAUAUUUCAGGCUAUGGGAUUACAAAUUGAUUUUGGAAGCCAUGGUGUGAGUGAAAUUGAUUACCUGGAUGCAAUUGAAAAGCUGUCCGGCCUGGCAAUGGAAGGAACUUCUGAUCCGAGGUUUCAAGGAAUUAUUCAGUCUUGCAAGUUCCAGUCCCAUGCGGGAAUUAUUACGAACGCCAAGUUUUGGGUGAAGCAGUGGCCAUACCGCUGUGGAAAUGGUAAACUGGGUCUUGUUUUUGAAGUUCAAGCAGGCUUGAAAGAGUUGCAAGCUACUAUUGGCCAGAAGAACGUGGUGUACAUUGUGGUUCCAGAGAAGAACCUUACUGUUGGGCAGUUAAAGGCUGCUGUGCUGGCUGGAGUUCGUGAGACUUAUGUUAUAUGUGAGAGUUUAGAGCCGUUACAAAUUGACGAAAUUGAUGGAAUAGCUGAUUAUGAUAUAAUUUCAGGAAAACUACAGUCAGGCAAAACCUUGACGGUGAGAGGGUUUAUCGAGAAUCCAGAUUACAAGUUCAUAUUUCAGGGGAAAAAAAGAUAA